AUGUCAGCUAACAUAAGGCCAGAAAAUCAGCAACUUUUUGAGGAGCUAAGCAAUGAACAAGUAUUAAUGCACAUACAGCCAACUGAGGUUAAAUUGAGGAAACGUCAAAGGAAAAUUAACACGGAGGUUGGUGAACUGAAACUGAAACUUGCAGAGUCAACAAAAAAUAUAGUUUUAAGCAACAGAGAAAUAAGAUUGCUGAGAUAUUUAGAGCUCACAGAAGAAGAGAAAGAAAAGCUUAAGGGCUGUCACAAAAUAUCCAAGAAAUUGGAGAAACUGGAGGCUAUAGGCCAAGAAAAAGACAGCGACUCUGAGGAUGAUGAACGAGAGAAUGAGAUGGCCAGCUUGGAAUCCAACCCAUCAGAUUCGAUAUCUUCACCACAUUCAACACAACCGCCUAGCCUCACUGAGUCGAUGCAAAUGAUGGACGAGAUUUUGUCGGACACAAAUAUGGAUAAAGUUGAGAAAAUAAACCGUUUGGAGGCAAUCCUCUCAGCCGUAGCACCACUCAGCGGAGAGUUAGAGGACAAGUUCUCACAAACAAUGGAACAGACCCUGCCGUUACUGAAGAAUAAGGAUUGGUCAAACCUGAGCCAAAUUCUUAACAUAGGUGAUGGGGACAGAAAGAGCUGUUCUUGCAGAUGCCAUAACUCAACCUUUGAAGAUGCAAAGUGCAAUGAUCUCAAUGAAACUAAGAAGGCUGAGGUAGGCUCACAGACCCUCAGCACAGGCGACAUUGUGAUAACACGUAUCCACUUCAGGGAGGAGGACAAGUUAAAUGAGAGGUUUCUUGAUGCGACACCUUUUAGCAAACGGGUAGGCAUAAAUAACAUGUCG